AUGAUGCGUUACGCCGCCUUGACUGUGGCCGCUGCUGGCCUGGCUUCUGCCCAGACUUUCUCAGCUUGCAAUCCCGUCAAGGGCGACACCUGUCCUGCCAACACCGCCUUUGGCGGCGAAGCCAGCUAUGAUUUUCGCACAGCCACGAACAUCAACGACCUCGAGUCCUUCUUCAUUGUCGACGGCGGCGUCAAGUACAACCCCAAAGUCUUGUCUUUCUCCGCCGAUACCGGCGUUGAGAUGACCAUCUUUGAGGAGAGCAACGCCCCGACCAUCACCUCAAAGAACUACCUCUUCUUCGGCAAGGUCGAAGUCGAACUGCAGGCCGCCCCCGGUCGCGGCAUCGUCACUAGUAUCGUCCUGCAGUCUGACGCUCUCGACGAGAUCGACUGGGAGUUUGUCGGUGCCGACCAGACCCACGUCCAGACAAACUUCUACGCCCUCGGUGUCAACGACUACACCCGCGCUCGCUACUACGAGGUCCCCUUCAAUCCCAUGACCACCUUCCACACUUACACCAUCGAGUGGACCAAGGAUUCCAUCGUCUUCUCCAUCGACGGAAAGGAGUACCGUACCGCUACCCCCGCCGAGGGCAACUACCCGCAAACCCCCAUGCAGCUGAAGCUUGGUACUUGGGUCGGUGGAAAGGGUACUGCCCAGGGCACCAUCGACUGGGCUGGUGGUCUUGCUGAGUGGGACAAGGCUCCCUUCGCCGGUCAUUACCGCUCCCUCAAGGUCUGGGACUACGCCGGCGGUGACAAGGCCGGCGCCAAGCAGUACGAGUACUCCAAGGGCUCUGAUGGCAAGUGGCAGAGCAUUCAAAUCAUCGGUGCCGGCGAGAAGAGCGGCAGCUCCGGCGGUGUUGGCAGUGUCGGUUCCGUCGACGGUCCCAAGGGCGACAAGUCUAGCGACAACAACGGCAACAACAAGGCCCAACAGUCCGACGUCCCGACGCAGAGCGCUAAGAACACCACCACAGUCGUCCAGACUCCGACUACCAGUGCUCCGGUCCCGUCUUUGACUGUCGCUGCCAACACCACGAUCACUCAGGCCAACGGCACUUCAUCGACCCUCACCCGACUGGUGUCGAGCUCUGGAUCGCCUACCGGAUCUGUUAAUGCUCAAACGACUCUGCCCUCGACAACCGGUGGCACUCAUGCUCAGACAAGCGCACCGGCGCCAGCUGCCGCCUCUUCUUUGCAUAGCAGCUUCUUCGUGGCUGGCAUCACCGCCUUGUUCGCUACCAUGCUGCUGUAA